UUAUCAGACGUAAAGGUGUAGCCAACGAGGAGCUUCUUCCUCUAAAUGAUUUUCACUUUCACUGGCCGCUUAUUCUGAGCAGAGAGCGAGUCGGGGAGUGUGCCACUGCUCCUGACGCGUAAGGGCUGCCCCUGUACGCCUCCAGACACCACCGCCGCCGAUAAAGGAUGACAGGCUUGAUUGUGUAGCGCAAAUUAACAUCAAAGUGUCAUUACAAUCCACAGUGAAGGAAGAGGAGGAGGAACGCUAUGAUCCGAAGAUGAUCUCUGCCAAGAAAACUCCGGAGAAGAGUCGUUAUCCUAUCCACUAUUUGGUGUGGCACAACAAGCACCGACAGCUGGAGAAGGAGCUGGCCACGAACGAGCAGCCUGAUUUAGAGUAUCUGGACCCUCGUGGUCGGACUCCUCUCCACCUGGCUGUCACACUGGGCCAGCUGGAAUGCACCAGGGUCUUGCUGCAGAAUGGAGCUGACGUCAGCAAAGAAAACCGCAAUGGAUGGACUGUUCUUCAGGAGGCGGUGAGCACCAGAGAUCCGGAGUUAGUGCGUCUCGUGCUCCGUUACCGUGACUACCAGAGGACUGCCAAGAGGCUGGCGGGCAUCCCCGUCCUGCUGGAGCGACUGCGCCAAGCCCAGGACUUCUAUGUGGAGAUGAAAUGGGAGUUUACCAGCUGGGUGCCCCUGGUGUCACGCAUCUGCCCAAGCGACACCUACAGAGUUUGGAAGAGCGGUCAGUGUCUCCGUGUUGACACCACCCUGAUGGGCUUUGAACAGAUGACCUGGCAGAGAGGAAACCGGAGCUUUAUUUUCAGAGGACAAGGGUCCAGUGCAGAAGUGAUGGAGGUGGACCAUGACAGGCAGCUGGUGUACUGUGAGACCCUGUGUGUCUCGUCUCUCACAGCGCUUUCACCCGGCCAGGGGAACGGAGGCGCCUGCAGCAGCAAUGCAGCCAGUUUGGGUCUCCUGGGGGCGGUGCAGCCCAGCGAUGAGCAGGUAGCAACCAGGCUGUCUGCACCGGUGGUGACCACUCAGCUGGACACCCGCAACAUCGCCUUUGAGAGGAAUAGGACGGGUAUCCUGGGCUGGAGAAGUGAGAAGACUGAAACAGUGAAUGGAUAUGAAGCCAAGGUUUAUGCUGCAUCCAAUGUGGAGCUGAUCACCAGGACCAGAACUGACCAUCUGUCCGACCAGAACAAGAACAAGACUAAAGGUGGGAAGACACCACUGCAGAACUUCCUCGGUAUCGCAGAGCAACACAUGGGCCCAAACAACGGGGCCCUGGUCACCCAGAUGUCGACUCCUGCGUUGACCAACCCGGCGGCACUGACUGCCGAGGAGUACUUCAACCCCGGCCUGUCACCGACUCAGAGGGACAUCGGCCACCAGUGCCAACUCACCACCAAGACCCAGAGGUUUAAAGCCAAGCUGUGGCUGUGCGAGUCCCAUCCUCUGUCCCUGGCAGAACAAGUGGCGCCCAUCAUCGAUCUGAUGGCGAUCUCCAACGCCCUGUUCGCCAAGCUGCGUGACUUCAUCAUGCUGCGCUUGCCGCCUGGCUUCCCAGUCAAGAUCGAGAUCCCUCUUUACCACAUCCUGAACGCCAGGAUCACGUUCAGCAACCUGAAUGGCUGUGAGGAGGGGACCGGUGUCCGUGUUGACAACGAAGUCGGCGUGGACGGGGACGGGCAGAGAGACAUCCCCAGGACAGAUACUCCAUCUCCUGGCAGCGACUCCUCCAGCGUCUCCAGCUCCAGCUCCACGAUGUCGUGUCGAGCCGGAGAGAUUCCCCCAUGUGUGUUCGAGCCCCCGCCUGGAUACACCAUGCUAGGUGGCAAACAGAGAGACAGCAUGAGGGAGGAGGAGGAAGACCUGCUGCAGUUCGCCAUACAGCAGAGUCUGCUGGAGGCCGGCUCAGAGUACGACCAGGUGACCAUCUGGGAGGCGUUGACUAACAGCAAGCCGGGAUCACACACCGUGUCCUGUGACCCGAGUCGUCUCGAGAGGACCCCCCAGCACAAGCCCCGCCCCCCCUCCAGCCUGUCCUCCACGCCCUCCAAGAAGCAGCCGACCAACUGCAGCUACGGCGAGCAGCUGCGCAUCGCCAUGGAGAUCUCGGCCCGGGAGCUGGAAGAGGCGGAGCUGCGGCGGCGGCAGGAGGAGGAGGAGCUGCAGCGCAUCAUCCGGCUGUCGCUCAUGGACAAAUGAGAGGGAAGUGGCCCAGCGGGGGCAGAAGGGGGUGGGACAGUGGCAGUGACAGAAGGGUCUGGAGCAAGGACUCAUGGGAGAAAAGGACAGUAUAGGCAACUUUAAAUCUUUAAGCACACCUUGUAAGUGGCUGGAAACAAUCAGUCUUAGCGGCUUCACAGUUCUCUCCCAUCACCUCAGCCAGACCUCGCCCACGAAGCCAUACAGUGACGCAGCUGUCCCAGGGCCUCAGGCAGCCAAGAGAGGGACGCCUUGUUCCCUCCGUGUGAUGCCACAUGGUACUUUUCUUGACCAGUGCCAGUUUACAACCAACAAUACAUCAAGUAAAUCAAUUGAAGAAUGCCUCCUCGGAUGAGCGAGCUGUGUUUGCAGGUCUGUGUGUGUGUUUCAAAACCAGCUCUCCGCACAGGGGUCAACAGGGACCUCACCUCCUGCACUGUAAAGGUAGUGUGUUAGGCCGACCCUGUGCUCCAGCACUAACACACACUCACUCAGUCGUGAGUUUUUAGUCCUCACUGCGAGGAGUCGGACAGAGGUGGUGUGGAGAACACUGUCAGCUUCUUCAUUUAAGGUCAAGUUGAGUAGAAUGAUGACAAACUGUAAAACUUCCUCCGUUUUUACUAAAAGACGUAUCGAGAACAAAAAUUGACUUUUCCUUUUUUUUUUUCAGAUGUACUGUACUUAGCUUGUGGGUGGAUCACAUAUAUGACUGUUAAUGGAUGUAGACGAUGAGUUUGAGCACAAAGAAUAAACUCAGGCCGGCUCUAGUUACCGCCUGACGUUAGACUUACAGGAGCACAGAUAUGAAGAGAUGUGUGUGAUAACUGUUCUAGUAUGUGACUGCGGAGGACUUUGUCGCAGGCCUGUGUGUAAUCCAAACAAUAAAGGGACAAUGCUUUGUCAGUAGAUCAUGGAGAAGAUGAGUUAAGGAAGGAGAUGCUGUAUAUUUGCAUCUUCUCACCCGACAUGUGGACCAUUCCUCCGUUUGUGUGUCGUCAUGUUUACAGUGUGUGUACAAUAUUUCAGCAUGGUCUGCACCCGUGUGAGUUUUUUAGUCUGAUUUCAAGUCCAGCCUGGAGGCCUGCAAUAUUCACUUCGAUUUAUAUUUAAGUUGUAUGUUGAACAACAUACAUUAUUUACAUGGUAAGGAUGAGACCUUACAAUAUUAUAGAGUCAAAGUUCACACAAUGAGCAGAACUUUGGCGACUGUGGUGAGAAAAAAACUCUUAACCUCCAACAGGACCAGACUCCGACUGGUCCUGCUGGAGGUUAAGAGUUGGGCGCCCAUCUGCUUGGACCGGUGGGGGAGAGCAGGAGAGCAGGAGAGGAGGAAAAUGGGGGAGAGAGGAGAGGUGGGUGGAAAAGAGGGGAUAGAAAGAGAGGGGAAGAGAAGGAGAUGUACCGUUUUCUAACCUGCAUAUCCCACUGGUUAUUAUGAUGAAAGUAAUAAGAGAGAUAUUUAUAAUAAUAAUAAUUGCUGACUAGAGUCAGAUCUAGAUCCCGCAGCUCUGGAGAGAGAAAGGGGGAUGGGGGGCACACACUAAAUAACAAACAAAGUUACUGAUGUGGAGUAAUGUGAUAGACACAUUGGGGCAGAGAGAGAGAGGGAGAGAGAGAGGAGAGAGAGAGAGAGAGAGAGAGAGGGAGAGAGAGAGAGAAAAGAAGUUCACCAAAACAUGCUGGGGAAAAAGUUUAAAACCACACCAAACAAGAACGAUAAUAGCUCUCAUAGUUGUGACUGUGUUGUUACUAUUGCAGGGCUCAAGGCUGCCCUGAGAAACAUGUUUAGUUGCAAGAGACGGGAGGAGAGGAGCAGCUUGUUCCUGCUUCGUUUUUAUAUUAUUUCAAUGAAAGAAAUGUAAAACUUUCACACUAUCAGCACAAACUGAGGAAAACCACCUCUGCCUCCUCUAUUAUUUAAGCUUGCCCGGUUCAUAAGAAAAAUAUAUUUUCUUUUCUUUUUUUUUUACUUUUUAAAAAAAAAUGUUGGAGAAAAGAGACAGAUGUCAGAUGUUUUCAUGGUGAAUACUUGGACGUGACCUCAGAUAAUGACUCAA